AUGGAGGGGGCUCACGAGCACGUCCUGGAAGAGACGGGACUGUUAACGGUUCGUGCAGCCUGGAUGUGGCUUGGUUGUGAACAGGUCGAAAGAGACACGGCCGUGGUGCAUGGAGAUUCCCACGUCACUCGCAAGCAGUCGGUCGGCAAAGUGUCGAAGCUGCUUGGGGAUUUCUUUGCAGUGAAAAGGGUCGGACAUCCGGAUGGCCUCCAGCUCGUUGCCUCGCAUUACAUGCAGGCAGAUAUCUUCGAAAUCGAGCUUCAUUGGAUGGCCGAACCUUCCUAG